CACGGAUCGGUGGUGGAGGGGAACGCGGCCGCGGAGGAGCCUGUAAUCGAUGAGUACGAUCCGGAAGGAAGAGGAGAAGAUAUACAGGUAUUGGCGUGUCGAUUCGCAGACGUUGAGCUGGGCGUUGCGGCCGAGCUGUAGCUGUAGCACGGCGUUUUUGGGACUUAGUGCGGCAUGUAAUACACGAUAAGUAGAUCUGCGAAUUCACAUCCGCGUUUGUAUCCUUUAAGAAAGAGGUAAGUGGGAGCUUGUACGGGCAUCGAGAGCAGUAUUUAGAGGCCAUGGGAUAAAAGAAGAGGGAGUUAGACGGGAUAUAGUACGAUGCGGACGGAGUAUAACGUUGCGAGUGAAAAGAUGUGACUAAGCUAUAUGACUAAGCAACUACAAAGCAACGCUACACACGGGACGCUACAUACGUGACUAAAAAGGCAGGCUUCGAGUCGCGGGCAGGGGGGUCGGAACCGAAAAAAAGCUACGCUUUUAAUGAUCUAAACGCUAUUGAAACAAUGGUGAGAACCCAAUCGGACCCAAUCGGAUUCAUCGCUUAUAUGUCUUAUGAGUUCGUUAGUAUAGCUAGCUGCUUUGCCCAGGUCCUUUCUUUUUGGACCCUCUCCAAGCAGGUACCUAGCUAUGUACGAAGUACUCGAGUAGGUCCCAUGCAGAUGAAAAGGUAAAGAUUGUCCUCGUUUCUAAAUUCUAAGCAAACGACGUUUACUGGUCCGGGGGUACUACGGAGGUAUGAUACUAUAGCGACAGGGAUGUAGCUUUAGCACAAGCUUUAGUGCCACAUCCAUGUUGAUCUCUCUCGUCUCUCACCCAUCGAGCCAUCCCAGCGCACCCUUACACUUGACAACCCUAGCUCCCUAGCCAGCAGCACCUGCAAGCUUAGGACCAAGCCAAGUGAUUCUUUUCCAUCAGAUCAGUUCUCCUUCGUGCCUGCUGUGCUUGCUGGUUGCAACGCCAGAGAAUCACUUUUUGUACCUCGACUCCCCACACAUCCUCAAUCCAAUUUGGCAGCGACACAACUUCAAAAUGGCAGCAGUAAGUGCUCAAACUUGUCUGCUCCUACUUUGAUAUUCUUAUUACUAAUACCCCCCAGGCAAUCCAGACGGUCUCAGAGAGCAAAGAGCUUCGGGGCCUCAAUCUGAUCGCGGCGCAUUCACAUAUCAGAGGCCUUGGAGUUGAUCCAGACACGCUGGAACCUCGUUCUUCGUCGCAGGGUCUCGUAGGCCAGGAACGAGCGCGUAAGGCCGCAGCGGUCAUACUGCAGAUGGCAAAAGAAGGGAAGAUUGCCGGGCGCGCAGUACUGAUCGCUGGCCCACCAAGGUAUGUGCAGACGCCGGGUAACUGAUGCUCCAAGUAUUGAUGGGAGUAGCACGGGAAAGACAGCAAUCGCAAUGGGCAUGGCCCAGUCCCUCGGAAUCGACGUGCCAUUUACGAUGCUAGCCUCGUCGGAAAUAUUCUCUUUGGAGAUGUCCAAGACAGAGGCUCUGGAGCAGGCUUUUCGCAAAUCGAUUGGUGUGCGCAUCAAGGAGGAAAGCGAAAUGAUUGAGGGUGAGGUUGUGGAGAUACAAACAGACAGAAGUGUUACGGGUGGGACGAAGCAGGGCAAGCUUACCAUCAAAACCACCGACAUGGAGUCUGUAUAUGACAUGGGAAGCAAAAUGAUCGAUUCCAUGACCAAGGAACGUGUUAUGGCCGGAGAUAUUAUCUCGAUUGACAAGUCCUCGGGAAAGAUAAGCAAACUUGGAAGAUCGUAUGCAAAAUCUAGAGACUAUGAUGCCAUGGGCGUCGACACCAAAUUCUUGCAAUGCCCGGAUGGGGAUUUACAAAAACGAAAGGAGGUGGUCCACACCGUCAGUCUACACGAAAUCGAUGUGAUCAAUUCGAGAACCCAAGGCUUUCUUGCUCUAUUCUCGGGAGACACGGGGGAGAUCCGGAGCGAGGUCAGAGACCAAAUUAACACGAAAGUCGCGGAGUGGAAGGAGGAAGGAAAGGCCGAAAUUGUUCCCGGCGUACUGUUUAUUGACGAGGUUCAUAUGCUGGAUAUUGAAUGCUUUUCAUACAUUAACCGCGCCUUGGAGGAUGACCUUGCCCCAAUCGUUAUCAUGGCAAGUAAUAGAGGUCACUCCAAGAUCCGAGGUACGAAUUAUAAAAGCCCUCAUGGCUUGCCCCUCGAUUUUCUGGAUCGGGUCGUUAUUGUCAGCACACACUCUUAUAGUAAGGAAGAGAUCCAGCAAAUUCUGUCGAUCCGCGCACAAGAAGAAGAGGUUGAUAUCACUCCAGAUGCGUUAGCACUUCUUACCAAGAUCGGUCAAGAAACUGGCCUUCGAUAUGCAAGCAACCUGAUUACCACGUCUCAAUUGAUAAGUGCCAAGCGUCGCGGAAAGCAAGUCGCAAUCGAAGAUGUACAACGAAGUUUCCAGCUUUUCUACGAUUCAAACAGAAGUGUAAAAUUCGUAGCAGAUUUUGAGAAGAGACUAAUCGGCGAAUAUGGAGAUGUCAGUCUCUCUGUUACGAAUGGCCAUGGAGAUGCAAUGGAGAUUUCAUGAUUUGGAUUUGAAGUAGGGGCGUUUGGAGUGGAUCAGCAAUGGAUGGCAUUGGCUCUUACG